CAAAGAAGCAGCUGUUCACACAAAGGAGCAAAAAGGAAAGUAAGGCUUAUGUACUGCGUAGAGGCACUUUAUUCCAUUAAAAGGCUCCUUAACGAAGAUAUAAAACACAGACGACCUGCCGGUUGUGUCAAAAUUGCAGGGGUUUAUUGGUAGAACUCAGAAGAUCUUAGAAGACAGGGGUUAUCACUUCACAGGCUAAAAGAUGAGCGAGAGAACUAUCAAAUACAAAGAUUUAACCAGGCCAGGCGAGGCAGUGUCCCUGCUAUUGGCUGAUGGAGCUACGGUCGGUGAGGUCAAAUAUCAAAUCAAAACCCACACUGGCAUUCCCCAAGGACAACAGACAUUAUUUUACAGACAAAACGUUCUAAGAGACGAAGACACACUGUAUGACUUGAGCAUUCCAGACAACGCAACAUUGAAACUGCUUCCGCGUGAAAGUAUCAAAGUCAACGUCCAAACCAAACAAGGUCGGGCUGCAUCCUUCCGGGUGAGAUUGUCUGACACUGUGUCUUCCGUGAAAAUGAGAAUACAGCAGGAAGCAAAUGUAUUUCUGGGAGACCGGCAUCUCUCGUAUGCAGGAAGGGAGAUGGCUGACGAUCUCGCCCUGUCUGCUUAUGGACUUAAAAGCGGCUCAAUCCUGACGUUUGAUGAAGAAAAAACAGAAUGUUAUUUAGAAUUAGCCAACGGAAACCCAGGCGAGGACAGUGGUAUUUUAGAUUCAUCCUCAGUGGAAUCAGACAGACAAUACAGUGAGACAGUGACACAGUUACAAAAUGAUCUCCAGCUAGUGCAAGACGAACUCCAGGCUGUUCAAAGCCAGUACCAUACCCUAAACGACAAAGUGGGCGAGCAAGGGUCAUAUAUGGAAGGUGCACUGGCAGAACUGCGGCAGUCCGCCUCGUCUCAGUUUCAGAGCGUGCUGGAUGAUGUGCAGGAUGUGAAUGGCAACCAGGAGACCCUCAAGCUAGAAUGCCUGUCUCUACGGGAGAAGAUUCAGGAGCAAGACAUAAACGUAGCCUCUGCGACAAAAGAAAUCCAAAACGCCAAGGAUAAAGCAAAACGAACGCAUAAAUACAUCAAGGAGAAAAAUGCUGAGAUCAAGAACGAAUUUGAACAGAAAACCGCAUGCAUCGAGAGGAAUUUGAGUGAAUCGUCGGGUCAAGUAGAAGAGGUGACGGCGCGUCUGGUUCAAGUGGAGGAAAACCUGUCGCAUGUUAAAGAAGUACAGGAAGUCGAGAUGGAGGAGAGGCUUAAACUGCAAAAAGAACUUGAGGAAUCGGAGAGUAUCAGAAAGCAAUUUAUGCAGUCGUUUAAAGGUCACCAGACAUUGGUGGACUGGGUAGAUAGUAAACUGAAGGGCAUUUCCGAAAUGUCCGAUAAGAAUUUGAAAGUUGAAAUUAAAUCAAUGCGCCAAGACUUCUCAAAGAAAACGUCCGAACUCGACCAUACUGACGACGCCUUGGCGGAAUCUCUGGUAAGACAUAAACUGGAGUCGCAAGAAGGGGUUGAUUUCGCGGAUUGCUUUCAGUUGAAAUACUGCAAAGAUCUGAAAAUGCUUUUUUUCAGAAUUUGGUAUACAACUACGUGUGUCACCGACGAAAGAAACAAGAAAUUUAAGUCCCUGUUUUUGGCAAAAUGUAUCAAUCCUAUCUUCCUGGAAUACGUGAGCCUACUCAAGGAAUAUACGCAACACGUUGUACAAAAUACCUUCGAAGCAACAGUUGAUCAGAAACAAGAUUGUGUGAACUCUAAUGAUUUGAAAAUAUUGGUGACAUCACUUCAAAACAUCUCUGAAGGCAAAGCCGUUGAUAAUAAAGUCGAUGCGCAUCUUGCUGUAUGUCGUCUGCGCAAGACACUAGGAAGAAAAACAAAGCUCGGACAAAAGAAUGGAAAUGACAUCAAAACACGGGAAGAUUUAUGCAAACGUCUCGAAGCCAUUUUGACGGACGUUUGUCCAUUGGAAGAGGAAGAGUACUACAAAUUUCAUCAACAGGGGGGAACCAAAAACGUCCGUCCGUUUGAAGAAAGUAAACCGACCAUGUCAUGCUAUGUCCAUGCCCUUCUACAUAAAGUCCUCGCUCGGUCCGAUGCUCUUCCUUUGGACGUGAAAGCCCCAAUGGAGCUGGAGGUGGACGUCUCUGGGAGAGUUCGGGAGGGGACGGAAGAACACGAGAGAAUUUUCACUUGUGGAGAAUUCAAGGCGAGGAUCAAAGGAAAUGGAGCCAAGGCAAAAGAACAGACAACGAACUAUGUGAAGAUCGUAGCUUUUAUUUGUAAUUGUCUGAAGCUUCGCUUGGUGAAAGCCAAGUGUAUGUUAUAUUAUUUGUUUGGGAGAGAGGCCGUUACUGAAAAGCCUGUUCAUGAACAAUUAUUGUAUACUUUCGACCAGAAAAGUCGGCAGAUUUGUUUUGUAGAUGAAAGUGAGAACCAUGAACGUGGGGAUGCAGUUGAGAAGCACGCUAUUCGUGUGGUGUAUGAAAAAAUGAAAAUGGAGUAACUUCUUGACCUGUGGCCUGUUGCUGGUUUUGCGUGGUUUCCUUAAUGUAGGGCAUUUUAGUAAACCGGUAACAACUGCCGAAUGUUUGCUAUGUGUGUGUGUUUUUCAGAUAUUCUAAAGCUAAUUCUUGUUCACAUCAAGCGCUUCUCAUUAUGAAACAAAAUCUUUAAUUAAAGUCUUUAAUUUUUCUGUGGAAUAUGUUUUUGUCAUUUUCAUAUAUUUGAAUAUCAUUUUUUUGUAAAAGAACAAUGUGAAAACAUUCAUGUUAAUAAGUUAUUUGGGUUAUUGUUAGAUUUUAUAUUUUUACAUAUUU